AUGGCAUCCGUGGCACCACCGGCACAGCAGCCGUCGGCACCGGCAGCAGCACCACCCGACGGCGGAGCUGCAACAGGCGGAUCAGCAAGUGCCAAGAAAAAGAACAAGAAGAAGAAGUCGGCGGCGGCCAGGGCUAACGCUGCUGCUGCGGCGGCCGUAUCGGCAAUCCCAGAGCCAAGCGCUGCUGCCACAGCUCCACCCGCCAGCAUCGACACAGCGGCAGACGCCCCCGACGACGACGAUGCGGACGUGCCGGACAACGCGCCUGAGAUAGAAUCGAGUGCUCGCAAGGACGGCCACGUAGAUGCGAACACGUCUGCCGCCAGCCCGAAGAAGCCCGAGACAAACGGGAACGGCCAUGCGCGGCAAGCUUCGACAGCAAACGGAGACACAGCCGAGCGGGUAGACGGAGCUGAAGACGAAAAGGACGACGCCAUAGCCAACGGAGACGCCACAAACGGCACAAACGGCAGGCAGAGAGUACGGACAGCGUCAUUACGACAGACGAGCGAUCAAGACGCCAUGGCAAAAGAGGCAGGCGGCGAUUUGGCGCUGCACGACGAAACAGAAGGGCUACGAGAGCAGGUAGAGGCGCUGUACAAAGCACAGGAGGCGCAGAAAGAAGAGAUGGAGCAGUUGCGGGCGGAGCUGGAAGAGAGCGAGGCCGGACGCGAGCAGGCGGAGACGCAAUACCAGAAUCUGCUGGGGCGGGUGGAGAAGAUCAAGGAGACGCUGGGCGAGCGGCUGAAGCGGGACAGACAGGAGCUGGAAGAGGCCAAGGACCGAGUCGAGGAGCUCGAGGGGCAGAACGAGGGACUGCGGCAGGGCGGCGAAGCGGCCGAGGCGGCAGCAGAAGCAGCCGAGAGAGAGGUGGAGCGGCUGCGCGGCGAGCUGGAGGCGGCAGGGCGGGAGCAGAGCUCGGUGCGAGGACGGGCGCAACUGGCGCAGCAGAACUGGCAGCGUGAGAGGGAGGAGCUGGCGCGACAGGUGCAGCAGCUGCGGGCGGAGCUGGAGUCGACGAGCGGAGCGAUGGGCGAAUGGGAGGUGAUCGCGAUGGAGGAGCGGUCGUUACGGGAAGGUCUGUCGGAGAAGACAGCAGAUCUGGAAGAGCAGCUGGCGACAGCACGAGAACAGAGCGAGCGGGCGCUAGAGGAGCGCGACGGAGAGGCGCGAGCAGUCGACAGUCUGCAGCGGGCGCUGCAGGAGAUUCAGGAGGCGCGGAAGCGAGAGCUGCGCGAGAUGGUGGAGUCGUCAGAGGCACAGUUGGAGGCGGCCAAGGCGCGAGUACAGGCGGCAGAGGCGGCAGCCGAGAAGGCAGAGGCAGAAGCGGCGAGGCUGCGCAGCGAGAACGAGCGGACGGCACCAUUUGAGCGCGAGGUCAAGGAGAAGAACCUGCUGAUCGGCAAGCUACGGCACGAGACGAUUGUGCUGAACGACCACCUGACCAAGGCGUUGCGGUACAUUAAGAAGAACAAGCCGGAGGAGAACGUGGACAGGUGCGUUUUUGUUGUUUUGUUUCCUCUCCUCUUUUUUUCUUUUCUUUUUUUCGUUUCCUUUCUCUCCUCUAACAACCACAGACAAGUGGUGACCAACCACCUGCUGCAGUUCCUGGCGCUCGACCGGUCGGACCCGAAAAAGUUCCAGAUCCUGCAGGUGAUAGCCGGCGUGCUCAACUGGACGGAGGAGCAGAAGGAAAAGGCCGGACUCGCUCGGCCGGGCACGUCCAACCUCAGCCUGCGGCUGCCGACGUCACCGUUUCACCGAACACCCAGCACGCCGUCGCUCAACACGGAGUUCUUUGCCGAACAGGGAUCAGGCAGCCGCGAGUCGCUCGCCGACCUGUGGGCUGGGUUCCUGGAGCGGAGCGUCGAAGAGGCCGAGUCGGAGACGUCAGGGCCGCCAUCGCGGAAAGGGAGCUUGCCUAGGGGUGGGUGA